CAGCUGCUCGGCUCUCCGCCCCCCGCCCUGCGCCGCGCGGCCGCCCGUCGCUUCGCACUGGGCUGGAUGGUUGCAUCGGGCAGGGUGGCUCCAGGAUGUUAGGGACUGUGAAGAUGGAAGGGCAUGAGAGCAGCGACUGGAACAGCUACUAUGCGGACACACAGGAGGCCUACUCCUCCGUGCCCGUCAGCAACAUGAACUCGGGCCUGGGCUCUAUGAACUCCAUGAACACCUACAUGACCAUGAACACCAUGACCACGAGCGGCAACAUGACCCCAGCUUCGUUCAACAUGUCCUACGCUAACCCGGGCCUGGGCGCCGGCCUGAGUCCGGGCGCCGUGGCUGGCAUGCCGGGCGGUUCCGCGGGCGCCAUGAACAGCAUGACGGCGGCGGGCGUGACGGCCAUGGGGACGACGCUGAGCCCGGGCGGCAUGGGCGCCAUGGGCGCGCAGCCCGCGGCCCCCAUGAACGGCCUGGGCCCCUACGCCGCUGCCAUGAACCCGUGCAUGAGCCCCAUGGCGUACGCGCCGUCCAACCUGGGCCGCAGCCGGGCGGGCGGCGGCGGCGACGCCAAGACUUUCAAGCGCAGCUACCCGCACGCUAAGCCGCCCUACUCGUACAUCUCGCUCAUCACCAUGGCCAUCCAGCAGGCGCCCAGCAAGAUGCUCACGCUAAGCGAGAUCUACCAGUGGAUCAUGGACCUCUUCCCUUAUUACCGGCAGAAUCAGCAACGUUGGCAGAACUCCAUCCGGCACUCGCUCUCCUUCAACGACUGCUUCGUCAAAGUGGCGCGCUCCCCGGACAAGCCGGGCAAGGGCUCCUACUGGACGCUGCACCCGGACUCCGGCAACAUGUUUGAGAACGGUUGUUACCUGCGCCGCCAGAAACGCUUCAAGUGUGAGAAGCAGCCGGGGGCCGGGGGCGGCAGCGGGAGCGGGGGCGGCGGCGGCGGCGCCAAGGGCGGUCCUGAGAGCCGCAAGGACCCCUCGAGCGCCGCCAACCCCAGUGCCAACUCGCCCCUUCAUCGGGGCGUGCACGGUAAGGCAGGCCAGCUAGAGGGCGCGCCGGCCCCCGGGCCGGCUGCCAGCCCCCAGACUCUGGACCACAGCGGGGCGACGGCGACAGGGGGCGCCUCGGAGUUGAAGACUCCAUCCUCCUCGGCUGCGCCCCCGAUCAGCUCCGGGCCCGGGGCACUGGUAUCUGUUCCCCCCUCCCACCCGGCGCAUGGCCUGGCACCCCACGAGUCCCAGCUGCACCUGAAAGGGGACCCCCAUUACUCUUUCAACCACCCCUUCUCCAUCAACAACCUCAUGUCGUCCUCGGAGCAGCAGCACAAGCUGGACUUCAAGGCCUAUGAGCAGGCACUACAGUACUCGCCCUAUGGCGCUGCGUUGCCCGCCAGUCUGCCCCUCGGCAGCGCCUCGGUGGCCACCAGGAGCCCCAUCGAGCCCUCAGCCCUGGAGCCGGCCUACUACCAAGGUGUGUAUUCCAGACCCGUCCUAAACACUUCCUAGCUCCCUGGGACUGGGGGUUUGUCUGGCAUGGCCAUGCUAGUAGCAAGAGAGAGAGAGAGACAGAGAGAGAAAUCAACAGCAAACAAAACCACACAUACCAAGCCAACAACAGCAUAAUAAAAUCCCAACUAUUUUUAUUUCAUUUGUGUGUGUGUGUGUGUGCACAAUCUUUUCCCCAGUGCAAAGGACUGUUACUUUGUUAUUGUAUUCAAAAUGCCUUGUGUAUAUUAUUACAAAGAAAACCAAUCCCAAACCAACAAAAUUUUUUUCCUGCAAAGUUUAACAAUCCACAAAUGUAUAUAUAAAAUCCUCUUACUUCCUUAUUCCUCUCCCUUUCUUCCCUCUUUCCCCUCCAGACACGUUCUAGUCUGUGCAGGGUUUAUUUAAAAAGAAAGAAAGAAAGAAAGAUGGUCAAACUUGUAAAAUAUUUGUUUGUGCUUCCCCCCCCCACCCUGCCUCGCCUGACCCUCCACAAGUUUACAGGUCUGUGGCAAUACUCUUAACCAUAAGAACUGAAAGGGUGAAGAAACAAGUAGACACUAGGCGCUAUGAAAAGUAUUUGAAGGACAAUACUGCUGUUAUGCAGCAAAACAUAAACUGAUUAUAAACAUCAGAGCCAUUUGUCACUCUGCUUCCAUUUCUGAUACAUUCAGAUAGCAGACAUCUUAAAAUGAAAUACAUAUAUAUUAUGUACGAACUUAUUUAUGCACAUGCUCAAAUAUGUAGACAUCCUCCAUAUAUUUGCAUAACACGUAGGAAUAAUAGGUAGGUGAUAUACAUGGUACAUUUUCAAGAGUUGCCUGACCAAGAAGUUACAAAGACACCCACCUCCCUUGUCCUCGCCACCCACAUAUAGCCCUGAGAAUCAAUUCCUCAAGAAUUGCCAUCCUCAGUAACUCUGCUCCUUGCUUUGCAGAGUGCCAUUGUCAUGUCAUUCUGAGGUCACAUAACAUGUAUAAAAUUAGCUUCUAUGUAUCUAUACCAUUUAAAUAAUAUUUUUUCCAGGAAAAAAGGGAAUAUUACAAUGUUGAAGGAGAGAGAAGUUAUAGGACGUGGCAUUUCAAAAUCUGGUCCAAAAUUCCAAAAUCCAACUGAUUGUGGCCAUUUUAAUUAUUGCCAUCAUGUGCUUGUUUCAUUCAGUGUUAAUGCACUUUUCACAGUUGGACAUGGUGUUAGUAUAGCCAGACGGGUUUCAUUAUUCUUCUUUGCUUUCUCAAUGUUAAUUUAUUGCAUGGUUUAUUCCUUUUUUUUCUUUAUAGUUGAAAUUGCUUUAAAUGAUGGUUAAAAUUACAAAUUAAAAAAAUGUUAAUUUUAUC